AUGAACGAGCCACAGGAAACUCGCUGCGGGAAAAGCAGCAUCGAUGGUGGUGGUGGCAUCGGCGGCGGGAUCAACUUCAUCGGGGCGGACGGGGCGGUGCUGGACAAGCUGCCCUCGGGCAUGGAGGCGGUCAUGGACCCGGACGCAAUCUGCUCUCUCGACUACAGCCUGGCUAGCCUGACGAGCCUGUCCCCCCCGCCGGGCGAGGGUCAAGGCCAGCAGGACGGGGGGGGCUCUUGGCAACCGCGGUCGUCGAAAUCGGACGAUGGGCCCCCACCGACUGCUACCGCCACCGCUGGGACAACAGGCGCUGCCAUCGCGAGAACGACAACGGCAGCAGCAGCAGCAGCGGGGCCGAAGCAGGCGAGGGCAGAGGCGGGAAGAGCGUCGAGCGAAAAAAUAGCGUCGUCCGGACCGAACCGCCACAAUAGAGGGUCUCGAGAUCGCGACGACGACACCACCGGCAGAAGCGGUGGCGUGGAAGCGGGCGAGACCAGCGGUAGAGGUGCCGCCGAGUACGGCCAUCCCUCGAUGGCUGCGAAGGCGCGGGGGGGCAAGAAGAGAAGAAAGCGGGGAGAUGAUGCGGGCGACGGGGACGGGGAUGGCGACCGUGAUGACCCCGACUUUGACGGCGGGGGGGGGAAGACCGCUGGCGGGGAGGUUGAGGACGCCAAAGAGAACCCCAAGCAGAGAGCCAACCGGGUCAGGAACCGCGAGCACGCGCGAAACACGCGCAUCCGCAAGAAGCAGUAUGUGGAGAGCCUGAAGCUGCAGGUUGGGGAGAUGUUGCAGGCCAAGGCGCAGGAAGAGAGGGACGCCCAGCUCGAAACGUCCAACAUGUCGGCGAAGAGAACGGCAAUGCGACAGAUGGUUCUCAACAUCUUGUACCUCAAGGCUACCGAAGAGCUAUCGCCGCGGUCAUGGGCGUGCGUCCUUGACGACGGCUUCACCUGUGUCUAUCCCAUCACCCCUUUCAGGUCCUUCCCCCCCUCGGAGGCACAGGAAGACCACCGGCUGAUCACGGGCAUCGAAGGGAUGAUUCAGGACACGGCGUCUCUGGCGGUGUUCAUCAAGUCCAUUUGCCCCCGCUCCAGGAACCCGACGGGCCGAAAGGGGUUUCUUUGA